UUCGAUCUCUAGCUGAAGCUUUAUCUCUCUUCACAAUUGCAUCACAUAUUCUGCAGUGCAUUCUACUACUAGAAACCUGCACCUUACAAUAACAGCUGUGCUUGUAACUUGGUAUUUCUCUUCAUCAAUAUUCAUCUUCUCUGCAACUUUUUUGUUUUGAAGGCAAAGAGGUGUGAGAGAAACAAUGGGCAGGGGCAAGAUUGAGAUAAAGAGAAUUGAAAGUACAACAAACAGGCAGGUAACAUUCUCCAAGAGAAGAUCAGGGCUCUUCAAGAAAGCAAAGGAGAUAUCAAUUUUAUGUGCAUCAGAUGUUGCUGUCAUAGUCUUUAAUAGCACUGGAAGACUCUUUGAUUUCGCAAGCUCAAGCAUGAAAAGGAUUUUGGAGAGAUACAGGAAUGCCUCUGGAAGAGGCGUUUGGAACAAUGAAUAUGAGCAAAUGUUGUCUCAAUUUAGAAAUCUGAAGAAAGAAAAUGAGGACCUUCAAAAAGAAUUGAGUUGUGUGACGGGUGAAAAUGUGGAGACAUUGGCACCAAAGCAAUUGGACUAUCUCGAAGAAAAUCUUGUACUUGCAGCAAAGAAAGUUCGGGAGAGAAAGACAGAAGUCUUGAAAUAUGAACGCCGAAAGACAGAAAGCAAGGUAAUCGGAUUGCAGCAAAAGCAAAGCAUUCUUAUGGAAUUGGUGGGUAUUACCUACGAAUUCAUUGCUUGCACAUGCGGAAAACCAUGAAGAAUAUGGCUUUACUGUUAGUAACUCGGAGGGGCAAACAACUCCUCCACCUGCAUUUCGUGUGCAGCCAAGUCAGCCGAACCUGCAAGGCAGUGGACAUUAAAACCCUAGCUAUUAGGGUUUCUUCUACACUGUGUUACUCUAUAGAUUUGUAAGUUAUUUACCUUGCAUGUACGAUGAUGUUACUCCAUGGACGACAACAUAUAUUUUUAUACCAUAAAUAGAUUGCCAGAAAAAGUAUGUUAAAAAACCCCAAAAGACUAAUCACUCAUUUAUAGGUUAAUCUUCAAAAACAUUAACUGUUGAUGCUGAAUUGUAAGAUUUGUAUCUCUAUAUUUAUAUAUCAUAACAAAUUGCUUGCUU